GAUAUUUGUAUCGAUGUCUAAUCAACUCCACACUGCAGGAUUUGCCGCUUAAAGUUUCCGAUUGUCAAAAUCGUAGCAGUGAUUUGCACAUUUUGUGAAAAAUAAUUUCAAAGCAAGACGGUGUUGUCCAUAUUGUGUUUAAAAUUAUUUAUACACGUAGGAAAAAGUGAAGGCAAUGGCCGCACAACAACUGCCACGUCCUCCGCUGGAUGACGAGCGCGUAAAGGCGCUAACCGCUUACCGCACCAAGCUCUUGGAGCACCGCGAGAUCGAGGCCCGCUUGAAGGCGCUGCGCGACAAGCACAAGGUCAUCAAUGCGCAAUUUGAGAAAUCCGAGGAAGACCUGAAGGCCUUGCAGAGUGUGGGCCAGAUGCUGGGUGAGAUCCUCAAGCAACUGACUCCGGACAACUUUAUCGUGAAGGCCUCUAAUGGGCCGCGCUACGUGGUCGGUUGCCGGCGGCAGAUAAACAAGGACAGGUUGAAGGCCGGCACGCGUGUGGCCCUCGAUAUAACCACCCUCACCAUUAUGCGCUACUUGCCGCGCGAGGUGGAUCCCUUGGUGUACAACAUGACGCACGAGAAUCCGGGCAACGUCAACUACGCAGAGAUUGGCGGCCUCAGCGAGCAGAUUCGUGAGCUGCGUGAGGUCAUUGAGCUGCCGCUGCUUAAUCCUGAGCUGUUUCUUCGCGUGGGCAUCAAUCCGCCCAAGGGCUGCCUCCUCUACGGGCCACCUGGCACUGGUAAAACUCUGCUGGCCCGCGCCAUCGCCUCCCAGAUGGAUGCCAAUUUUCUUAAGGUGGUGUCCUCAGCCAUUGUGGACAAGUAUAUUGGGGAGAGUGCGCGUCUGAUACGCGAGAUGUUUGCCUACGCCCGUGACCAUCAACCGUGUAUCAUAUUCAUGGAUGAGAUCGACGCCAUUGGUGGGCGCCGUUUCUCUGAGGGAACAUCCGCUGAUCGCGAGAUCCAGCGCACUCUGAUGGAGCUGCUUAACCAGAUGGAUGGCUUUGAUGCUCUUGGCCAGGUGAAGAUGAUCAUGGCCACUAAUCGCCCGGAUACCCUAGAUCCGGCCCUUCUUCGUCCUGGACGACUGGAUCGCAAGCUGGAGAUACCGCUGCCCAAUGAGAUGGCACGCUUAGAUAUCCUCAAGAUACACGCAGGACCGUUGGCCAAGCGUGGUGAAAUCGAUUACGAGGCUGUGGUCAAGCUCUCAGACUUGUUUAAUGGCGCCGAUCUGCGUAACAUCUGCACGGAAGCCGGGCUAUUUGCGCUCCGUUCCGAUCGUGAGUAUGUCAUCCAGGAGGACUUCAUGAAGGCGGUCCGCAAAAUUGCUGACAACAAAAAGCUAGAAUCGAAGCUGGACUAUAAACCGAUUUAGGACCAUCGACCUCGCUUGUUAUUUGCCAUGAUGACCUUAACUUUCCCUUUCAUUAAACAUAAAACUUAAUCAAA